GAACGUGGGCUGAGGUCCCACAUAAUUUUUUUCCCAGCUGUGUUCGCGCCAAAUCGUCCCAUGGGCGGCGGUGGCCCCUGCAGUGUGCUCCUCCGGCCUCCACGUUCAGCAUGGCGUCUGGUCUCCCUCUCUCUCCCUCACACCGCCGCCGCCGUCAACUUGCGUCCGUCGGUGUGCGCAAACACCUCCGGAUUUUGGUCGCUCCUAUCAAUUGUGCGGCCUAUUUGUCUUCAUUGGCAGCAAAAACCUAGGGGGGUUGCGAAUCCGAGGACGCUUCUCGGCUCUGAGACGUGUUCAGGGACUUGCAUGACAUAUCAAGCGCCGUUGCGAACCGCCAACCUGGCUGGCGAGCGACCAAUGCCGUCGUGCAGACGGUCUGUAUCCGCCAUGCGCUUAUUCAUUCCAGGCGCCCGAGGUUACAUGUGCGCACUUUGAAGCAAUGCACCAACCGGAUGGGCAUGCGUCGGGUUUUGUUCUCAGUUCUGGCCAGUGUUUUGUUGGUCCGUUCUCCCACCGGCCGCCUCUGCAACCCUUAAUGUGGCCGCAUGCCUGGGCCCCGGUCUUGCCCACAGUCUUCCCAGCGCGGCAGCGGACGCGGACCCCUCGGACGAGCUAUCACCGACCGCCGACCCCGCGCCCCACAUUUCUCGCGCCCCUCCAUCCCCGCUGCAGGAGCAGUGUUGCCCCUCGCAGAACGUCAUGCAUCCCGUGAAUGAAUGCCGUCUGAAUUUGCGGGUUUCCAGUA